UCCAUUUCGUUGUACCUGAAGAUCUCCAUAAACAAGAGCAAGAAAACAUAGGCCUCCCUCACCGUCUGCCUGCUGCCUACUACAGUAGGAGCAUCUGUCUCCUCUGCUCUGAAACAAAUAAGCGCACCAAUCCCGGUGCGCCGUCUGCCUCUGCCUGCCGACCUCUCCAGACGGGUGGGCAUGGGCUGCCUCCACCAGCGGCUCGGCCGCACGCGUGUUCUGCCGUUCGUGAGGAGGUUCAAGCCGAGCGAGAUCGAGGCGGCCACCAGAGGCUUCAGCACGGCCCUCGAGACCGGCGGGCCUCGCGGCACGGCGUACCGCGCCCGCUUCGCUGAUGGCCUCGUCGCCACGGUGCGCCGUGCGGGCGGCGGCGACCCGGACCAGGAAGGGCAGGAGGGCGCCUUCUACCGGGAGCUGCAGCUGCUCGGCCGCCUCAACCACCGACACGUCGUCAGGCUCCGCGGCUUCUCAGAAGGACACAACAGGUUUCUGGUGUUUGAUCAGAUGGAGAACAGGAGCCUGAAAGAAUGCCUCCACGAUCCUCUUAGGACGCCACUCAACUGGAGGACCCGGUUGCAGGUUGCCAUAGAUGUCGCAGCAGCCCUGGAGUAUCUCUACUACUUCUGCGACCCUCCGGUGUUCCACGUGACGGUGAACUCGAGCAACGUGCUGAUGGAUGCUGAUUUCGUCGCCAAGUUUCAGCUAUCGAACGUCAGUGUCGUCGGUCACGACUCUUCCGAAGGAUCCCACGCCGAAGAGCGAAUUCAGCAGAGGCGGACGGAGCUGGUGUUCCAGUACGGCGUGUUGCUCCUGGAGCUCGUCACCGGACAGUCGCCCGGGGGCGGCGACGGCGAGCUCGUGCGGUGGGUGCAGGAGCCAGGGUUCGCCGGAUCCAUGCAGAGGAUGGUGGACGCGGAUCUCGGGGGCACCUACGACGCCGGCGAGCUCCGGGACCUCGUGAUAGUCGCGAGGCUCUGCACUAGGCCUGGCAGCGGCACCGCCGUUGUCUCGAUCCCACAGGUACUCCGCUACUUGCAGGGGAAGGUGGGUGACAAAAACAGAUGACAGUAAUCUUGUGUACGUAGCUCUUCUUUUUGUCCUUUGCUUGCGGGUGAAUGCAAUGCAAAUUGCAAUGUACUCCUUCCGUUUCAAAUUACUUACUCGUCGCAGAAAUAAAUGUAUCUAAAACUAAAAUACAUCGAGGUACAUCUAUAUCUGCAACAAGUAAUUCGAAACGGAGAGAGUAUGUAUUGUACAUCCACGCAGAGAUAUUAUAUGACAUCGGUGGCGAAGAAGUCUCCACGCAAUUUUUUUUUUUUU